CUGGCUGUGUUAUAAGGAACACGAAGAGGAACAGGAAGAUCUGCUCUAUGACCCUGGAAUCGCAGGUUAAAAAAAAAUGCGAUUGUUUUUGUGACCUGUACGCUGCACGGCGCAUUUUUCAGACGCCAUUUCCAAGCCGCACUGUUAUUAUAAAAAAAUUAAAGUUUGAAAAAAAUAUAUUUUUUACAUUGUAAUGUUCAUAAAUUGUCUUUAAAUUUUAAAUCAAUCUACGCGUUACAUUUUUCAAAAAAAAUUCUUGAAGAACAGACUGUUUACAUGAGGUUCCCCCCUUAAAUAUUAAAAUAAUAAAAUAUCUUAAAAUAUCCCGGGAAAAAAUGCUUUAUAUAAAAACAUAUAAAUACACAUAUAAUAUGUCUAUAUAUGUUUAUACUAGUUUUCUAUCUUUUAAAAAAUUUUUGAGAACUAUUGAGAAUUGUCGCCAGAAUUGUUACAACUAUCUAGCACCUUUACUCAAGUGUCGUGCUGAUUUCAGGGAUAAAAAAUUAUUUACAAAUAUUUAAUCGCCAGAACUCUGUUUAAAAACAAUAUCAAAGCACAGAAUUAUACAAGAAUUACCGAGAAUUGUCAUAACUACCCAGCACGACUUCUUUACUCAAAUGUCGUGUUGAUUUUGAAUCUAAAAAAUUAUUUACAAAUGUUUAAUCGCCAGAACUCUGUUUAAAAACAAUAUCAAAGCACAAAACUAUACAAGAAUUAUCGAGAAUUGUCGUCAGAAUUGUCAUAACUACCCAGCACGACAACUUUAUUCGAGUGUUGUGUUGAUUUUGGGCAUAUAAAAUUAUAUGCACACGUUUAAACGCCAGAACUCUGUUUAAAAACGAUAUCAAAGCACAGAACUAUAUCAGAACUAUAGAAAAUUAUCGUCAGAAUUGUUAUAACUAUCCAGCACGACACCUUAUCUCAAGUGUCGUUCGGAUUUCGUUUAUAUAAAGUGUAUGUUGCUGUGUGUGUCUAGAAUUCUACAGGUUUUUAAAAAAAUUUUUGAGAUAUUAUAAAUUUUUUAAGUAAAAAAGAUGUCGGUCUGAAGCAUAUAUAAUAUAUUUGCAUUACGCGAGCGAGCAAGACAGUAAGGGAGGCGAGCAAGAUGAGAAUUGCAACAUGCAAGGAAGCUCGAUCCGAUUCUCGAGCUUUCUCAGCAUACUGUUAUUAAUUGGCCUGUUUUUUUCGCUGUACUGCUGCACUGGUGUAAUAAGUUAGAGUGAAAAAAAAUGGGCCCGUGGCACACGCUUUCCGUAAGACGUAACAGUAAAGUUUUGACCAAUUACAUACUCGAUUUAGCCAGUUACUGUUACGAUCGCCCAAUCCAAUCGCGUCAAAACUUUAUUGUUACGUCAUACAGAAAGUGUGUGUCACAGACCACAUAUUUGUCUUACUCUAACCCGUUGCACCAAUACAGCAGUGCAGCGAUCAACGUUAAAGACGAGGAACGAAACAGCUGUAAACAUGCCAGUGACUGAACAGCAUUUGUAUCGCAUGUCGUCCGACAAAUUGUACGCAGUUUGUCCUGAAAAAGAAAAAAGCUAUUUAACUUUGUAUGCUGCUGAUGCAAUUGCUGGUCCUUCGUUUUCAACGCAAUAAUAAUAUCAAUUGUUGAAAUUAUACUUAAUUUCUUUUUUGGAUAUUAUUAUUUUUAUUUUUGAACAGUAUUAUUAUUUAUUAAAUAUAAUAUUGAGUGUAGCAAUUUGAAGCCAUUGAAGUAGUAAUUAAAAAUUGGUCCGGUACGCUAGACCUCACAUCUAUAAAAAAUAGAUGUGUUCAAGCAGUAAUUAAAAACUGGUACACUAGACUUCUCAUCUAUAAAUAAUAGGUGUGUUGAAGCAUUAAUUAAAAAUCUGUCUGGUACGUUAGACUUCUCUUCUAUAAAUAAUAGGUGUGUUGAAGCAUUAAUAAAAAAUCUGUCUGGUACGCUAGACUUCACAUCUAUAAAUAAUAGGUGUGUUAAAGCAAAAACUAAAAACUAAUCUGGUAUGCUAGAUCCCACAUCUAUAAAUAGAUGUGUUAACAGUAUCAAAUGUUAAAUUUAAUGUGGUAUAAUAGGGCUACUGGCGAAGGUCCACGUAAAAAAACCUAACGCGCUAUUAGUGGCACCUCAUGGGUAGCGCGGAAGCCACUUAAAAAUUUAUAUUCUUAUUAUUUAGCUUUUGCUAACUUGUCAGCUCUUUCUAUUUUUAUUUGUGUAUUUAAUAAUUUAUUACAAAUUUUUAUUAUGAUUUAAGUUACAUUUUUAUUAUAAUUAAUUUCUUAUAAUUUAAAUAAGACAAUAAAUUAGAUGAAUACUAGAAAAUUAAAUAAUAAAUAAUAGGAUCAAUGAUAUCAAUGAUUAUAAUAUAUAAUAUAUAGAAUAAUAUACAUAUAGUGAUUAAAAAAAAAAAAAUGACUUCCGUUUCCGGUGUCGUAGAGAGUGACAGGUGUGUGUGUGGCGUGUGAAAGAGUGAGUGAGUAAGGUGGUUAAGAAGCAGAGAAUAAUUGCGAGAGGGGUGGUAGUGAGAGAGGGUUUGUUGGGUGGAGUAGGGGAAGAGGAGUUGAAGCGGAGAAAACAGUAAUUAGUUAAUUAGAGAGGAAAGAGAAUUGAGUGGGCAGGUUAGAGAACAUAGAGAAAGUAAGGAAUAGAGAGAGGCAAGCGAAGAGGAGUAGAGAGUAGGAGGGAGACACGAGCGGCGCGAGUGGACGGGCGGAGAGUUAGAGAGGCGGGCGAGUGAGUUCGUGGAGAGCGGUAUAGAAAGAAGUAAGUAAGUUAGGAGAACAAUAAGGAGGGUAUGGCGGAAAACGAAAAUAGAGAGGAGGAGGGAUUAGGAGGAGAGGAACAGGUGGGGGAAGAGGGGGAAAAGGGGGGAGGGUUGAAAAACAAGGGAGAUGUAGCGAAAAAGAAGGGGAGGCCGACAAAUUUAGAAAAGCUGACUAGGGAAAGAACAAGGAGCAUGAAUAGCAUAGAAGAAAUGUUGAUAAGGGGAAAAAGGAAGGAACGAGAGCAGGAUGAGGAGGGGAUGGAAUUAAUGGAGGAGGAGGAGAUACUUAAAAGAAGCAGGAUAGGAAAGGGGUCUCCGGAGACGAAUGAGUGUAGAGGGGGCAAUUUGGGUAAAAUAUUAGAGGAAUUAGGAAAGUUAGGAAAGAAAAUGGACGAAGAAAAGGAGGAGUUGAAGAAACAGAUAGUAGAUCUAAAAAAUAGGUGGGAGGAGGAAAGAAGAGAAAUGAGGGAUAGGAUAGAGUCGUUGGAAAAAAGAAUAGAAGACUUAGAAGAGAAAUUGGAGAAGGAGGGGGAUAAAAGGAGGGAAACUUUAAAAGAAGAGGGGAGAAAGGAAGGAAAGGAGGGGGAAGGGGGGAUAACAAGAAGAAUGAGAGAGGUCGAAGUAAGGUUAGACGAAAGGGAUAGGGAAUCAAGGAGAAAUAAUAUAAUAGUCAAAGGAAUUAAGAUAGGAGAGGGAAAGGUGGAGGAGACAAUAAAAGAAUUAUGGGGGGGAAUAGGUAUAGAAGAAAGCCUAAGGGAGGUAAGGAGAGUAGGGGGGUAGAUAGAGAGGGGAGAGGGAUGAUGUUAGUAAAGUUAGGUAGCUGGGAGAGCAAGAAGAGGGUGAUGGAGGCAAAGAAGAGAUUAAAAGGUAGAAGGGAGAGGAUAGAUGACGAUUUAACGAGAGAGGAGAGGAGAGCGAGAUGGAAAAUAGAAAGGGAAGCAGAUAGA